AUGCCUUCACCUCCGAAGCCUUGGGAAGUUUCUGGAGCCGCAGGAGGGGCAGGUCCAGUUCCAACCGCAACAACAACGAGCGCUGCGCCGGCGAGUGCAGCACAGUCAGGACAAACAACGGCUUCCACUGCUGGUCCACCUCCUGUACCAACGCGACCGGACUCCGCUUCUGUAGCUUCCGCUGGUAACGGGUAUGGCGCUAGCCCAUACGGAAGCCAGAUGGCCAGUCAAUACGGAACGCAGUAUGGGGCAGGUUAUGGGUCAACACUGUCGCCUUACGCCUCCCGCUACGGCGCAGGUUCAACAUACGGAGGAUACGGGUCGACCUAUGGAAGUACAUACGGAGGUGGAUACGGAGCAGGAGGAUACGGGGGCGUCGGGGGCUAUUCGAGAUAUGGGGGCACAGGCUACGGGACUAUGCCGUACAAUCGAUUCGGCGGAGGUCCGCCUUAUGGACCAGGCGGGCCCGGGGACAUGCCCCUAUCCGCGCAACUCGAGCAAUCCACGCAGGCCACGUUCAAUACCCUCGACUCGAUCGUGCAGGCAUUUGCUGGGUUCGCACAGAUGCUGGAGUCGACGUUCAUGGCCACACACUCGAGCUUCAUGGCCAUGGUCGGGGUGGCUGAGCAGUUCGGGAACUUGAAAUCGUACUUGGGCCAGCUAUUCUCCGUGAUGUCGCUGUACAGACUCGCAAAGAGGAUAUACUGCAAGCUCACGGGCAGAGCGCCGCCCGUGGACGUGGCAUCGUUGAACGCGGAUUCGUUCAAGGAUUUCCAGGAGGGGAAAGAUGGGAAGAAGCGAAGCAAGAAACCUCUUUGGGUGUUCCUCCUGUUCACCAUCGGGAUUCCUUACGCAAUUUCGAAGCUCUUCCAGCGUCUGCAAAAGCAGCGAUUGGAAGCGGCUGCCAACGCUCCCGAGGGGGCCCUCCCACUGGUCGGCCCCGAUGGAAACCGUCUAGGCCCGCAAGAAAUCCGAAACCUCGAUUUUGGCCGCGUCCUCUACGACUUCAAUGCCGAGAACCCCGGUGAAUUGUCCCUGCCGAAGGGGGAGAUUGUUGCAAUCUUGAGCAAAAUCGACCCAGCCACAGGCCAGCCGGGACUGUGGUGGCGAGGCCGCUUGCAGGCGGGGCAGAUGGGGAUGUUCCCUGCCAAUUAUGUCGAG